AUGAAAUUUAGUCAGUCACUUAAUAUAAAUCUCGUACCCGAAUGGUCAGAUCACUAUAUUGCGUAUUCACAGCUAAAGAAGAAAAUUUACCAAAUAGAAAAGGACCUAACGCAUACGUACAACGAUAGGGAUAUUGAAGCACCUUUGCUAUCUUACACUAACAACGAUGACGAUUCACCAGCUAUCAAACUAUUCGCACCGAUGUUAGAAAAAGAAGUUGAGAGGAUAAGCUCAUUUUAUAAAGAAAAGGAAAUUGAAUUGGACAAUGACAGACAAAAGCUCUUCGAUUCUAUCAAAAGAUUAGAAUUUGAUGCUUUCACUAAUGCAAAUGGUGACAUCAACGAUAUGAGCCCUUCGAGGCAUGCAGAGCACGACGACGAGGAUGAUGAUAAUGAUCCGAACGAUAAUAGUGAUAGUGAUGAAGAUGAGGAUGAGAUUACGAAGCAAACUAGACAAGAUUUAGAGUUGCCUUCUGCAUCAUCCAUACACGUCGAUCCACAACAGUAUAACGACCACACUCGACACGAGACAGAUAUACGGGAAGCACACUAUAAAGCACCCUUCUCACCUGGUCAUUCACGGGCCAAGACAGCCGGUCACCCUUCCACUAGAAGGUCUUUUAACGGCAAUAGCAACGAAGAUGAUGUUCAAAAUGAUGUACCUCGCCGUAAGUCUAUCGGUGUCAUUAGAAGACCUUCACUUGGUAUAUUCAGAUCUAGAACUAAUGACGUUGAUGAUGACGAGGUCGAGUCUAUCUGGACAUCACGAUCCAAUUAUGCAAUUGAUCAGCGUAUCAUGAUUAAAAGACGCUUGACCGAGGUCUUUGUUCAGUUUAGUGAACUAAAACAAUACGCUGAGAUCAAUAAAACUGGUUUCAAGAAAAUUCUUAAAAAAUUUGACAAAAUAACAGAUAAUGAACUUCAGAGCGCAUUCAUGGAUAGUGUCGUCAACGUUGCGUACCCCUUCACCGAUGAUUCGAGACGGAGAAUUGAGAAUGUACUCAACCAAUUUGUGGAGGUUUACGCUAGGGUUGUUACCCUCAAUAACCGUGCUGUAGCUCAAAACCAACUCAAAGCCCAUCUACGCGAGUAUGUCGUUCUCGAACGUAAUAGUGUCUGGAGACAAAUGGUCGGCCAAGAACGUAGAUCCCAGGGUGUACAAAUUCAAUCAAUGUAUUCUGGAGACGAGGAGAAGAAACUACCAACAGGUAUAGCAAAAUACAUUCCAUCCUGGCUUACAGGUAGACUGGUCGCUUUUAUAACGGCCGUAGUGGUUUUUAUUACAUUGACCAACUUGAAUAUGUUCGAUAAAGGUGAAGAAAAUUGCCUCGCUUUACUGGUAUUUUGUGUGAUUUUAUGGUCUUCUGAAGCAAUACCUUUAUUCGUAACAUCACUGUCGGUUCCACUGUUUAUAGUAAUCCUCCGCGUUGUCAAGUAUCCAGAUGGACAUAGAAUGGCAGCAGAAGAUGCAGCUAAGUAUAUCUUAUCUCAAAUGAUGAACCCAACUAUCUUUCUACUCAUCGGUGGUUUCACUAUCGCCGCUGCGUUAUCUAAGCAUGGCAUCGAUCGCGUUUUAGCGAUAAGGAUACUAAACUUAGCUGGUACGGAUCCAAAAUUAGUUCUACUCGCUCAAAUGGGUGUAGCAUGCUUCUCUGCUAUGUGGAUAUCUAAUGUCGCAGCACCAGUUCUUUGUUAUUCACUAUCUAAACCAUUAUUAAGGAAAUUACCGCCAAAAUCACCAUACGCGAAGAGUAUGAUCAUUGGUAUUGCCCUUGCUGCAAAUAUUGGUGGCCAAGCAUCACCUAUCGCUUCACCACAGAAUGUUAUCGCGUUAGAUGCAAUGGAUCCACCUCUCGACUGGCUUCAAUGGUUUGUAAUUGCAUUACCUGUUGCGUCGGUCACUCUGGUCUUAAUUUGGGGUUUGCUUUUGUUAACUUAUGGAAGUGGUAAAGGCACAGUCAUUACCAUGUUGAAACCUUCAAAGGAUAGGUUUACGUACAAGCAAUGGUAUAUCACUAUCGUCACUAUUACAACUAUUAUUUUAUGGUGUGUAGCUCAUUCACUCCAAGGUGUCAUAGGCGAUAUGGGUAUUAUUGCAAUCUUACCACUGAUUGCUUUCUUUGGUACUGGUAUUUUGUCACCACAUGACUUCAACUCAUUCCCUUGGACCAUCGUCUAUCUGGCUAUGGGUGGUAUAGCCCUCGGUAAAGGUGUAAUGAGUUCAGGGUUGUUGGAUUCAGCUGAUGAUGCUGUCAAAGAAAUGGUGAAUGGAUUCGGUGUUUGGAGAAUAUUAGUCAUUUUCUCAGUCUUAGCUACAAUCGUUGCUACAUUCAUUUCACAUACAAUAGCAGCUGUAUUAUUAGUACCAAUAGCAACCCAAGUUGGACAGAAUCUCAACCCUCCUCAUGGAAGACUUUUGAUUAUGGCUACCGCCUUGAUCUGUUCAGCUGGUAUGGGAUUACCAGUGAGUGGAUUCCCAAAUAUAGCGGCUAUAAACCAAGAAGAUACUAUGGGAGAGCGAUACUUGAACACGAAUGAUUUCUUAUUAAAUGGCGUGCCGGCUACUAUUCUAGCUGCAGCCGUCGUUGAUACCCUUGGAUUCUUAAUCAUGAAAUUAAUGGGGCUUUAGAUGAAUUGUAAUAUAUUAAUAUGUUACACUAUUUUAUUUUAUUCUCUAGCUGGACUAGCGCUACGUCUGUUCUUCUUCUUGUCGUUAUCUGGCUCGAAACCUGGUGGUGGUUUGCUGAAUGCGAAAUCUGCUUGUAUCGCUUGCUCAAGGAGUUCUGUACCAUUUGAUUCAUCGAUUGCCUUCUUAGCGUCCUCGUAGUUCUCAAAUUCGAUGAGUGCGUAUCCCUUAACGUAACCCGUUCUUCUAUCUAAAUUGAGGUGUAAAUUACGAAUAUGGCCAUAAUCCGCGAAUUUAUCCUGUACAUCCUCCUCUGACGCUUCUUCGUGUACGUUUGUAACUAUAACAACCCAUCCUUCAACAGCUGCAAUGACGACGACGUUAGAGGGUUUAUAUAUGGAGUAUCCUACUAACAUUUAGCGGCUUUCGUAUCAAAUGACAUCCCUUCUUCUAAUCUCUCAUAUUCCAUAGGCCUGCUAGAGUCUAUUACUGUGAGCGGGUGAUAGAGAUGUAUGUAAGAUACUCACUUUUACGACCAUCGACAAAUCCUCUACCUUUUCUGUUUACGGCUGCUGAGAGAGUGUU